UGGUCCUGUCCCGCUGCGCAGGCGCGGCGCGCGCGGUGGAGUUUGAAACCAUGGCGCCGGGUCCGAGGCUGGUGCUGUCUGAGGAGAAGGUCCGGGAGCGCAGCGGCCUGGGGCCUCACCGCGAUCUGGCUGAGCUUCGGUCGCUGUCUAUCCCUGGAACGUACCAAGAGAAGAUCACCCACCUUGGAAACUCUCUGAUGCGUCUGACAGUCCUGAAGUCUUUGGAUCUCUCUCGCAACUCCUUGGUUAGUCUAGAGGGCAUCCAGUACCUGAUCUCCUUGGAGAGUCUCAACCUCUACUACAACUGCAUCGCGUCCUUGGCGGAGGUGUUUCGGCUGCACUCCCUCACAGAGCUCCAGGGCCUGGACCUCCGGCUGAACCCUGUCGUGAAGAAUGAGUCUGACUACCGCCUGUUCGUGGUGCACAUGCUCCCCAAGCUGCGGCAGCUGGAUGACCGUCCUGUCAGAGACAGUGAGCGGAAGGCCUCCCUGCUGCAUUUUGCCUCAGAGGACUCACUGGACUCAAAGGAGAGCUUCCCAGCUGCCUUAAAGGUCGGAAGACCACACCACUCCAGGGCCAGGUGCACUGACCCCUCAGCCAGGAAGUGCUUGGUCAUGGAUGCAGAUGACGAGGCGGUCCUGACCCUCAUUGCUGAGUGCGAGUGGGACCUAAGCAACCCCCCUGGGGGCUUGAGCUCCAGCCAGAAGGAACGUGAGGCUGACCACCACCACAGCCAAGCCUCCACGGAUAUCGAGGGCUCUGUCUCCUCUUCUCAGAAGUCGGCUCUGUCCUCACAGAAAACAUUAGAUUCUUUGCCUGUUGCUGACAAGUUCAGGAAGAGGAGGGUGCCUGGUGGGAGGUUCCAAGCGCCUUCCGACUGGGAGUGUCUGAGCUGCCUGGAGAGGGCCAGUGGGCCCUGCAGCCUGGAGGAGGGUCCCAGCGGACAGGACAGCUCUGAGGGCAGGAGCCAGAGUGCCUUUCCCCAUUCUGAGGCCUCGGAGGCAGAAGAGCAGACACCUCGCGGCACAGGCGACGCUGGAGUGCCGUCUCCCAGACCACACUCAGUAGCUCCCCCUGGGAAAAGGGCUGUGCUGGAGUGGGCGCUCCUGGAAGCGCUCUUGGACCUGGUGGACAGGCACUGGAGUGGCUGCAAGUCCCUGCACAGCAACCAGGCCUUCCUCGCUCAGGCAAGGCACAUUUUGUCAUCUGUUCAAGAGUUUGCAGCAGCUCAGGACAGUUCAGAACUUGGGAAUGAAGAAAUUAGCUACCUGGCCCUUGAAAAUAAAUCCCUGCAAAACCGCCUGGCUGAGCACCAGCAGCAGUACACCACGACGCUGAGCGAGGUGACGUCGGAGCUCAGCAACACACGCAGAGAGAUGGAUACCUUGAGACAACAUUUGGACAAGUCUUUGGAGGAGAAUAGUAGCUUGAAAUCUCUCUUAUCCAGCAUGAAAAAAGAAGUAAAGAGUGCAGAUGCUUCAGCUGCACUGAAUUUGCAGAUCUCUGGACUCCAGGCGAGUAUGAAGCGGCUUUCUGGUGAGGUGCUGGAGCUGAAGCAGCACUUGGAGCACUAUGACAAGAUCCAGGAGCUCACCCAGAUGCUGCAGGAGAGCCACAGCUCCCUGGUCAGCACCAACGAGCACCUGCUGCAAGAGUUGGGCCGGGUGCGGGCACAGCACAGGGCUGAGGUGGAACAGAUGCACUGGAGCUUCCAGGAGCUCAAGAAGACCACGGCCCUGUUCCCGCCCCGCAGCGCCAGCCUUGGUGGCCGCCAGUCCUGCUGAUGCUGCCCAGAGUCGUGAUUUCUUUCACUGUCUGUCACAGCCUCAUGGUUUGCACCUUUGUCUUUCUCUACCUUCAUUUGCUGGUGAGAUCUGUCUCUUCUGUUUGUAAUUACCUUAUGAUUCUUGAAAGGUAUUCAGGGUUUAUAGUUCAGCUUUCUAAAAUGUCCUAAAAUGAUAGGAUGAAUCCUAGGCCUUUGCAUGUUAGGAGACAAAAACCAUGUUUGCAUCAAAUAUCCUAAGAUGAAGUAAAUGCAGUUUUUCUUCCUAACAUAAGAGAUAUCUAUGUAUAAUAAUUAAGAUGGUAACCUUUUGUGUGACAAGCCUUCCUCAAUAGAACUCAUAUUGUUCUGAAAAGUUAAGUUUUAAGUGGCUCUUUAUAAAUUACAAAUGAGUUUCUCAUUGAAUUCUUUGGUGAAAACAGACUACAUACCAUGGAGAGGGAGUGCGAAAUAAUAAAUUCCAAGACUUAAUAAGAGUAAUACUUGUAAGAUGUGAGAAAUACUUAAAAAUAUUGUUUUAUGAUACUAACAUGUCAUAGUAAAAACAUCUACUCAAGACCUGA